GAUUGUGAAGAACUUGGUUUUGUUAUAUUUGUCCACUUUGCACGCUCACUUUAAUGCCGAGUUUACGAAUUAUGUUUAUGUUCAAGUUACCUUUAUUUUGUAUAAAAGUUUAAUUUAACAAUGAUUUGAUGUAUUAUUCUUAGACGUCGACAGUAUGGCUAUUUGCGGAUUAAGGACAUCGUUAUUGAUAGUAUGCGUUCUCGAUUUGAUCCUUACUAUACAACGUCAGGUUUUCGAUUUUUUAGGGUAUAUGUGGCUUCCCAUUAUUGCAAACUUUAUGAACUUGUUGCUCAUCAUAUUUGGAUCAUUUGGCAUUGUACAAUACAUAACAAAUUAUCUUAUAGCAUAUGCAAUAUGGACUUUCAUGUGGUUGACAUGGAAUGCAUUUCUAAUAUGUUAUUACCUCAAUUUGGGAUUACUGAACAGGGAAAGUGGACUCUUGUCUUUGGGAACAGAAAGUGUAAGUUGGUGGGAAACCAAUGGAUGGGGAUGCCAGCCAAUAUGGGGUGAAGAGACCCCUGGUACUUGGCGGCCUGUCCGAGUAGAUGGAUGUCUCCUGCCAUGGUAUCAUGUGGAGUUAGGGCAAUCUGUUUUAGGGGCAGUUUUAGCAGCAACAUCCUUGCCAUUAGCAAUAAUUCUGGCCAUUAAAUCUGUAAAAAAAUGUAAAUCAAAUGAAGAUAAAGGUACCCUACAAAGACGUACAGUGUAUACAAUGGAAAUGAGUCAUACAGAAACAACAGUUAGUGAAGGUUCCUUAAAACCUAUGACUCCACGCAGAGUGAAACGAAGAUCUGGAUCUCGCGGAACAGGGUCUUCAGUCCGCAGGUCGCGUCGUUCAUACAGAAACGCGGGGUAUCACGCCUCUGCCUCGUCCUUGCCGCGAGAAUCCAGGAGCUCACGCCCUACUUCUGCACAUUCCUCAUAUUCCAACUUCCACGGAGCCCGCCCGGCAUCUUACCACGCGCCAGAGAGAGAAACGAUGUCUCGCUCUCAAGAAGCGUUCGAGCCACCGCAGCAGUAUCCGGCAUCCGAAUCUGUCCCUAUAAACACGAACAGAUUCGAUACCGUGAGGCGAGCCAGUAAAAGUUCAGGUUACGACGUCGCCGGGCCCUAUAACGAGCCCCCCGGAGCGUACGACCCCCCACCGAGAAAUUACGACACGAACGUAGUAUCGUACGAUAAUAUAGGACGUAGUUACGAGUCCGCCGCAAACUAUGACCCGCGGCGUAUGGAGACCAUUUCGCCGUGUUCCUCGGAGUACGGCAGCGCGUACGGCGCGGGCGCGGGCUCGGCGUGGGAGGUGCCGCCGCCCGCGCCGCCCUACUCGGCGCGCGCCACGCCGCAGGCGCCCGGCCCGCCCGCCUACCAGCCCGCGCACGACCCCUAUCACGUGAUGCCUUGACGGCGCACAGGUAACAACUCAAACUUGUUACCUUUUAUAUUUUAAUACGUAAUCGAAAUAUUCGGGGACAGAAAUGGCAGGGUAAACUAUAUUCUGUUUUUUGUAUUUGUACAGAUAAUUAUUACUACAUGCCCAACCCACCUGGUCCACUUUUAUGUGCCUUUUUCCAGUGAAUUUAUCUAGUUAAUUAAUUACUCGAGUAACGAUAUUUUGAGCAAGUUAUAAUGUAAGUAGUAUAGUAACUUAUAACUGCUUGUUGUAUGUAAAGAAUAACAUACAUACAUUUUAAAUAGCUUGUUAUGUGUAUUCCCUAGAGUUCGUAAUGGACUGCAUACAUUUAUUUUAAUUACGUUUAUUGUAAUUUGGUGUUGAAUCUACUAAAGAAUCUAGAUAAGUAAAUGUUAUCUGUUACUUGUUUAUGUAUAAAAUACAUUCCUUUUUUAUUAAUGUAAGGGUAUUUUUUAGCUUUAAAUAUCAAUUUAUUUUUUACUAUGUUUAAUGAGCUUUUAAUGUAAACGCAAAGUUAUGACAGGUUGUUGAUACUAACCUAUUUGUAAGUUCAGUGCUCCCUUACAAUCAUUCCGAAUUUGUUUUGUGUCUAAAAUGUCUAUUUUGUAAAUUAAUUUAAUAACUGUAGAUUUUAUAAUAAAUUUACAUACAAUUCUUCUCAUAGCACUGAUUCCAAGAUACAUAAACAAAUAAAGGCUAAAGAGGGAGGAGAUCCAUUUUCGCUUUUUCGGAGGCAGGGAGUCUGCGUGAAUCUUGGUGAACUUAUAUGGACUAAUAAGAGAUGAGACAUAGGCGCCGCUAUUUUUACCUUCUAUUUGAAAUUAUUCGUAGCCAAAAGGUUGGAGUCCCGCUUAGAAUUUAAGCACAAAAUCAUUGGUCAAUUAUUAUAGAAAAUGAUGUCUUAAAUGGACGUCAGUGAUUUACAGACAAUGUUAUUAUAUAGAUUUUAUCCGUCCAACAAGAUCUGCUAGUAUAGGCAAAUGGUUUCAUAUAUGACUCAUGUACUUGAAAAUAAUUUUCUAUUUUAAUUACAACAUGAGCUUUAUUAGGUUAAGUUAUAUGUAGAUUAUACAUUAUACAUUUCUGAGGUUAUAUUUGAGUCGACCUUUUGACAAAUUU